AUGGCCCAGCAGUCAUCCGACCUUCCACUGGUUCCCGAGCGCCUGCCCGCCUUGCCCGAUGACCAUGUUGCCAAAGUCCAGGUGCCACAAAAGUUCGGCGAUGCCUGCUACCAAAAUAGCGGGGGUCAAAUCCUCCAGAAGGACUCGUCGGAGAAGCCUAUCAAAGUCCUGAAGUAUCCUUGCAUUUCGGCGCAGGAGAUUUUUGGCUUCUGCCAGCAGAAGCCAUUUGAGGAGAAUGUUGCAGCUCAGAAAGAAUGUCUGUUUAGCAACAGCUCCACUUUGCAAUCCGACUUCUUAGGUUGCAAUAAGUGCGAGCAGCACUACGGUCUCGGCAGCGUUGAAUACAUCGACAAAACCCUUAAACGUUUCGACCAACUCCGCGGCGAGUAUCUUAACAACAACCCGAAGGGCCUACCAUUUAAAGAAUUCGACAAAAAGUUCCCUCAACCAGGCAAAGAGGGCACGCCAAUUCCGAGCCAGGCAAGGGUUGAUGCUAAGGGCGUUACGUCUAUUAAUAUCCUAGAUUAUUGGUCAGACUUUCGCUUGCCGCAACAGGGUGGCGCACCAAUACCUAAGAAGAAAAACGAUACAUCUAGUAGUAUAAGGUAA